GCUGCAUGUCCAGCGAAGUAUGGCGAGGGAGACGACGAUCGAAGCCAAGCCGCAGACCCUAAACGGUGAUUAUAAGAUCAGUGAGCGAGCUGUCGCAUCUGUCGAUGAAAUGCUGCAGAAGGACAAUGAUGACAAAAGUCUUCAGCGCUACAAGGAGAAUCUGUUGGGCGCUGCAAUCCAAGGUGACCUUGGAGAUGCACAGGACCUUCGUCGUGUCGUAAUCCUGCAGUUCAAGGUGAUUGUUGAAGGCAAUCAACAAGACUUCACGUAUCACCUCGACACGGAAGAAGGCCUCCUACACAUUCGGAACACUCCGUUCGAAUUGGAAGAGGGAGCAAAGUAUAAGUUUGCCAUCAACUUCCGUGUGAAUCGAGAGAUUGUCAGUGGGUUGCGCUUUCACAGCAAGGUCCGCAAGCAUGUCUUCUCGACGCGUGAAGAAGUGGUACUGGGCUCAUUCGCCCCUCGGUCAACCACGUACGAGUUCUUAUUUCCUCGACAUGAGUGGUCCGAGGCCCCUUCUGGACUCUUGUACCGCGGCACCUACCACGCUGAGUGCAAGUUCGUCGACUCAGACAACGUCGAGCACCUCUGCUUUCCAUAUUCCUUUGCAAUCAAGAAGGUGGCGUAGGAACAAGGGCAACAUUGUUUGAUGCGUGGUGUGUGUGAUGUAAAAAUCCUCUCUUAAACUUGAUCUCAUUAAGAAAAAUAAAAUAGCCCAGUUUCAAAUGUAAAAAAAUAGCCCAGUUUCAAAUGUAACGGUCGAACACGCUGGACGAGCCAUUUCUCAAUAUUUAUCGUCGGAGGCAAUCGAUUCACGCAAUGGCAACCGAGAAAGGACAUGCAGAAAGCACAAGACAAGGGCGACCAGAGUCGUUCUAUUCCCCAUCAUGGUUCCACUACCAAGACUUGGAGUCCCAUGUCGAUUUCUUCGUCGAUGCUGUGGAGUACGA